AUGCCAUCCUGGGUUGUAGUUGGUGCUAGCCGCGGCAUCGGACUUGAGUUCGUCCGUCAAUUGGCGUCCAAGCCAGAUAAUGUGGUCAUCGCUAUUGUUCGAAACAAAGCUACUGCCGUGCAUCUCAUACCUCUCGCUAGCGCGAGGGUGCACAUCCUUGAGGCAGACCUAUGUGAUCGUCAGUCCUUGAACGCAGCUGCGGCAGAGACUUCGAAAGUCACUGGUGGCUCCAUCGAUGUGCUUAUCAACAAUGGCGCGAAGACAGGAGGAGAACACUAUUUCACCAGCAUGAACGACUACGAAGGCAUUGAAGUUGCCGUCGACCAAGAGUUCAUGGAUGCAUACCGCGUCAAUGUGCUAGGUGUGAUGUGGACGACGCUCGCGUUCAUGUCCUUGCUACGAGCCGGCCCGACGAAGAAGAUCAUCAACAUCUCAUCGUCAGCUGGAGAUCUUGAGUUCACGCAACGUAUCAAGUCGCGUACUAUGGUCGCGUAUGCGUGCACGAAGGCAGGAUUGAACAUGCUCAACGCCAAGUUCGCCAAUCAGUUCCGAGAAGAAGGCGUUAUUUGCGUCUCCUUCAGUCCGGGCAUCGUGAAUACGGAGGAGACGACACCAGGAAAACCGGGAGAACUGCCGCCAGGCUUCAAUGAGGCUCUGAAAGCUAUUUCGGCUGGCUACCCCGACUGGACUCCCAUCGCCUAUACCCCGCAACAGUCUGUGGGUCUGAUGUUGGACACCAUCUCGCGAUUGAAACCGGAGGAUAAUGGUCAAUUCAUGUCAGAGAAGGGGACGAAGGAUAUGUACAAGGAUUAA